CCGGGCCCCGCGGCGCCGCGGCCCGAGGCCCCGGGAAGCGCAGCCAUGGCCCUGCGGAGGCUGGGGGCCGCGCUGCUGCUGUUGCCGCUGCUCGCCGCCGUGGAAGAAACGCUGAUGGACUCAACCACAGCGACGGCGGAGCUGGGCUGGAUUGUGCAUCCUCCAUCAGGGUGGGAAGAGGUGAGUGGCUACGAUGAGAACAUGAACACGAUCCGCACGUACCAGGUGUGCAAUGUGUUUGAAUCGAGCCAGAACAACUGGCUACGGACCAAGUUCAUCCGGCGCCGCGGCGCCCACCGCAUCCACGUAGAGAUGAAGUUCUCAGUGCGUGACUGCAGCAGCAUCCCCAGCGUGCCUGGCUCCUGCAAAGAGACCUUCAAUCUCUAUUACUAUGAGGCCGACUUCGACUCGGCCACCAAGACCUUCCCCAACUGGAUGGAGAACCCGUGGGUGAAGGUGGACACCAUUGCCGCCGACGAGAGCUUCUCCCAGGUGGACCUCGGUGGCCGGGUCAUGAAGAUCAACACCGAGGUGCGGAGCUUCGGGCCCGUGUCCCGCAGUGGCUUCUACCUGGCCUUCCAGGACUAUGGCGGCUGCAUGUCUCUCAUCGCCGUGCGCGUCUUCUACCGCAAGUGCCCCCGCAUCAUCCAGAACGGCGCCAUCUUCCAGGAGACUCUGUCCGGGGCUGAGAGCACAUCGCUGGUGGCUGCCCGGGGUAGCUGCAUCGCCAACGCGGAGGAGGUGGACGUGCCCAUCAAGCUCUACUGUAACGGGGACGGCGAGUGGCUGGUGCCCAUCGGGCGCUGCAUGUGCAAAGCGGGCUUCGAGGCCGUGGAGAAUGGCACUGUUUGCCGAGGUUGCCCAUCUGGAACCUUCAAGGCCAACCAAGGGGAUGAGGCCUGUACCCACUGUCCCAUCAACAGCCGGACCACUUCAGAAGGGGCCACCAACUGCAUCUGCCGCAAUGGCUACUACAGAGCAGACCUGGACCCCCUGGACAUGCCCUGCACAACCAUCCCCUCCGCACCCCAGGCCGUGAUCUCCAGUGUCAACGAGACCUCACUUAUGCUAGAGUGGAGCCCGCCCCGGGACUCAGGAGGCCGUGAGGAUCUUGUCUACAACAUCAUCUGCAAGAGCUGUGGCUCGGGCCGGGGCGCCUGCACCCGCUGUGGGGACAACGUACAGUACGCACCCCGCCAGCUGGGCCUGACCGAGCCUCGCAUUUACAUCAGUGACCUGCUGGCCCACACCCAGUACACCUUUGAGAUCCAGGCCGUGAAUGGCGUCACCGACCAGAGCCCCUUCUCACCGCAGUUCGCCUCUGUGAACAUCACCACCAACCAGGCAGCUCCAUCGGCCGUGUCCAUCAUGCACCAGGUGAGCCGCACCGUGGACAGCAUUACCCUGUCGUGGUCCCAGCCCGACCAGCCCAAUGGCGUCAUCCUGGAUUACGAGCUGCAGUACUAUGAGAAGGAGCUGAGUGAGUACAACGCCACAGCCAUAAAAAGCCCCACCAACACGGUCACUGUGCAGGGCCUCAAAGCCGGCGCCAUCUAUGUCUUCCAGGUGCGGGCACGCACCGUGGCGGGCUACGGGCGCUACAGUGGCAAGAUGUACUUCCAGACCAUGACAGAAGCCGAGUACCAGACAAGCAUCCAGGAGAAGCUGCCCCUCAUCAUCGGCUCCUCGGCGGCUGGCCUGGUCUUCCUCAUCGCUGUGGUUGUGAUCGCCAUCGUGUGUAACAGAAGACGGGGGUUUGAGCGCGCUGACUCGGAGUACACGGACAAGCUGCAGCACUACACCAGUGGCCACAUGACCCCAGGCAUGAAGAUCUACAUCGACCCUUUCACCUACGAGGACCCCAAUGAGGCAGUGCGGGAGUUUGCCAAGGAAAUUGACAUCUCCUGUGUCAAAAUUGAGCAGGUGAUCGGAGCAGGGGAGUUUGGUGAGGUAUGCAGCGGCCACCUGAAGCUUCCAGGCAAGAGAGAGAUCUUUGUAGCCAUCAAGACGCUCAAGUCGGGCUAUACUGAGAAGCAGCGCCGGGACUUCCUGAGCGAGGCCUCCAUCAUGGGCCAGUUCGACCACCCCAACGUCAUCCACCUGGAGGGUGUUGUCACCAAGAGCACACCUGUGAUGAUCAUCACCGAGUUUAUGGAGAAUGGCUCCCUGGACUCCUUCCUCCGGCAAAAUGAUGGGCAGUUCACAGUCAUCCAGCUGGUGGGCAUGCUGCGGGGCAUCGCGGCCGGCAUGAAGUACCUGGCAGACAUGAACUACGUCCACCGCGACCUGGCUGCCCGCAACAUCCUCGUCAACAGCAACCUGGUCUGCAAGGUGUCUGACUUUGGGCUCUCACGCUUUCUGGAGGACGAUACCUCAGACCCCACCUACACCAGCGCCCUGGGUGGGAAGAUCCCCAUCCGCUGGACGGCCCCAGAAGCCAUCCAGUACCGGAAGUUCACCUCGGCCAGUGACGUCUGGAGCUAUGGUAUCGUCAUGUGGGAGGUGAUGUCCUAUGGGGAGCGACCCUACUGGGACAUGACCAACCAGGACGUAAUCAAUGCCAUAGAGCAGGACUAUCGGCUGCCACCGCCCAUGGACUGCCCAAGCGCGCUGCACCAGCUCAUGCUGGACUGCUGGCAGAAGGACCGCAACCACCGGCCCAAGUUCGGCCAGAUCGUCAACACGCUGGACAAGAUGAUCCGCAACCCUAACAGCCUCAAAGCCAUGGCGCCCCUCUCUUCCGGAAUCAACCUGCCGCUGCUGGACCGCACGAUCCCCGACUACACCAGCUUUAACACAGUGGACGAGUGGCUGGAGGCCAUCAAGAUGGGGCAGUACAAGGAGAGCUUCGCCAAUGCCGGCUUCACCUCCUUCGAUGUCGUGUCGCAGAUGAUGAUGGAGGACAUUCUCCGGGUUGGGGUCACCCUGGCUGGUCACCAGAAAAAAAUCCUGAACAGUAUCCAGGUGAUGCGGGCACAGAUGAACCAGAUCCAGUCUGUGGAGGUUUGACGUUCACCUGCCUCGGCUCACCUCUUCCUCCAGGCCCCGCCCCCUCCGCCCCACAUGCUGGCCCCCGGUUCUUCGUCCACCGCAGGGUCAGCCACCUGCCAGGAGGCCAUGGGCAACGGGAAGAACCAAGCAGCGCUCCAGCCAUGAGACGUCACCAAGAACAACACAUGCAACUUCAGAUGAUGGAAAAAAGGGAAUGGGGACAAAAGAAAAUAGAUCCCGGGAGGGGGCGGGAAACACAAGGAAUAGUUUUUAAAGAGGAUUCUCAUAAGGAAAGCGAUCAUUGUUCUUGGAGGAGAAAAAGGGCUUGGGAGAUUCACGCAGUUUGUCCAAUCGGAGAUCAAAAGCAGUUUCUCUCCAACUCCCUCUGGGAAGGUGACCUGGCCGGAGCCAAGAAACACUUUCAGGAACACAAAUGUGAAGGGGAGAGACAGGGGCCACACUUCUCUCCCGUGCCCGGGGCUGCUCUUCCAGGUCUCACUCAACAGCCAUGCGUCAGGCGGAUGAGCAGGCGAUGGGCAACCAACCCCGGAGCCGCUCUUGGAAAAUCCAGUCCCGCUGCCUCUGGGCAAACAGAAGAAUUUUUCUGUCUCUGGAGAAUAUUCUAGAAACUCCAAUGAAAGAGACUUGUCUCUCCUCCUUGUUUCAGCUCCCGGGGCUGAAAAGGGACUUUUGUCCUCCUGGGUCAGGGAGAACGUGGGGACGCCAGAAAGGUCAGCCUUCCUGAGGUUGACCAUCCCCCUCCCCCCGGUCUGCAGCUCACGUCCACGUCAUGCGCACGGCUCGGCGGCCAUGGCCCAGCUGGGCACCCGCUCCUGCCGGUCCACACCUGGAGGACUGAUGCUGCAAUGACUGCCAUCAGCUACGACUGCCACUGAGAAGGAUUGCUCCUACAUCUGGGUUUGUUUACAGCAAUUUGUGGACUCGGGGGUAUUUUGGUCAGGGGUGGAUUUGGUUUGGGGGGUUGGGGUUUGUUGGUUGGUUUUUUUUUUAUGACAAUGAAGUGACACUUUGACAUUUCCUACCUUUUGAGGACUUGAUCCUUCUCCAGGAAGAAGGUGCUUUCUGCUUCCUGACUUAGGCAAUACACCAAGGGCGAGAUUUUAUAUGCACAUUUCUGGAUUUUUUAUAUGGUUUUCAUUGACACCCUUCCCUCCUCCCCCCUGCAUAGAGUUCCCACCUGCUGCCAGGCCUCACCAAAGCCGACUGCCACAGGGCCAUCUGGGCCAUUCAGAGACUGAGUGAGAUUUGGGUGGAGGGUGGGGGCCAAGGUGGAGGAGCAUCCCACCCCAGGACUGUUUCUGAAAGCAACAGAUUGAGGAGGAGGCUGCAGGGUCAGAAGCCUCUGCCCACAUCUCCAUCUCCUUCUGUCCCAGUCUAUCCAGUACUUCCCAGGCAAACAGGCCCCUUCGAGGUUCCUGAGUGCCCUCGGGUGGCCAGAACCCAGUUUUGUCUCUGGGAGCCUAAACCAGGCCAGGACCCAGGUCAUUCACUGUGAUAUCCCAGCCCUCCAGAGCAUCACCGUCAGACCACGUGCAGGCGUGCUCCUCUCCUCCCCUUGCAAGAAAGCAUGUGAUUUCUCUCCCACCUCCUUCCCUCCACCAGACCUUUGCCCAGGUCUGAAAGUCUUGGCCGUGGGAAAAUAAUCAGCCAAGUGGUCUGGCCACAGGCUCUCUCCUAUGAGUAAAUGCAGCUACCUGAGCAGAACAGUCGGUUAGUGAACUGAAUGGAAAUAAACACUUUAGUU